AUGGCUGCUGACCUGAAUAAGGUGGUCGUAGUGAUGGUUCCACUACCAUUACAAGGCCACCUAAACCAGCUCCUCCACCUCUCUCGUCUUAUCGCCACCAACAACAUCCCAGUCCACUUCGUCUGCACCACCACCCACGGCCGCCAAGCCAAGCUCCGGAUCCAGGGAUGGAACCCCCACACCAUCUCCACCAUUCACUUCCACGACUUCCCUAUCCCUCCCUCCUCUUCUCUUCGUCCUCCUCACAACCCCAACUCCACCAACAACUUCCCUUCUCAUCUCCAGCCUUUAUGCGAAGCCGCCACCCAACUCCGCCACCCCGUAGCCUCCCUCCUCCGUAAACUCUCCCCAACCACCCACCGUCUCGUUGUUAUCCAUGAUUCUCUAAUGGGUUCUGUCGUUCAAGACUUCGUUUCUCUUCCAAACGCUGAAUCAUAUACUUUUCAUACAGUAUCAGCAUUCGCUAUUGCUUUAUACACUUCCAAGAAAGUUAGAGAACAAAUCCAGGAGUUAGUCGAACCAGAGGAUCUUACAAAAGACCUCCUCUCAUUCGAGGGUUGCUUCACUUCCGAGUUCAAUAAAUUCAUUUCACUACAACACGAGUAUACAAAACUAAGCUCAGGCCGCAUCUACAACACGUGUAAAGUCGUGGAGCAACCAAUUCUGGACCUACUUGAAACAGAGGCAAGAAAUCGAAACAAGUUACUUUGGGCUCUUGGACCCUUUAAUCCUGUGGACAUAAAAAGGUCAACAGUAGUCACGAAAAAAGAUGGUGGUCCAGUCCACGUCGACAGAUGCCUCAAAUGGCUUGACAAACAAGCAUCGAACACCGUGAUCUUCGUUUCUUUCGGUACAACCGUUUCAUUCUCCCAUGAACAAGUUCUCGAGAUUGCAACCGGGUUAGAAAGGAGCAACGUAAAGUUCAUAUGGGUGUUACGAGAUGCAGAUAUAGGAGAUCUUCAUUAUGAGUUCAACGAUGAAAUUAAACGUCGCUUGGAACUUCCAGAAGGGUAUGAAGAUCGAGUUAAAGAUAGAGGCAUGGUGGUUAGAGAAUGGGCACCCCAGUUAGAGAUCUUGGCUCACCCAUCUAUCGGUGGAUUCAUGAGUCACUGUGGUUGGAACUCGUGCAUGGAAAGCAUUUCUAUGGGUGUCCCAAUAGCUGCAUGGCCUUUACACUCCGACCAACCAAACAACGCCGUUUUGGUAACCAAGAUUCUUAAAGUAGGUUUCCUGGUGAAAGAAUGGUCCUCACGGCAAGCGCAGGUUGUGCCAGCAGCGGCGGUGGAGAAGGCGGUGAUGAGAUUGAUGGGUUCGACGGAAGGGCAGGAGAUGAGGAAGAGGGCGGUGGUUGUAGGCCGUCGAGUUAGAAACUCGGUGAGAGAUGGAGGCGACGCUCGGGUGGAGCUGGAAUCGUUCAUAGCUCAUAUAGCUCGAUAA